AUGAGGGCCUUGAAAGUCGAGGUCAGGUCAAAGGUUGCGAACUUUCUCCAUCUUUCCGAGCUGACCAUCCGGGUUCACUGCAUUCAGUUACUUAUUUCCCCCCUUAAUUUCCCACCUUCAAGUCCCGUUCUUGUGCACAACCCUUACCUCUGUGGGCUUAAAGAUGACAUCUUGUAUCACUUCAGUCUGGGAACAGGGACACACAAUCUCCCAGCUCUGUUUGGAGACGUCAAAUUUGUGUGUGUUGGGGGCAGCGCUUGGCGAAUGAAAGACUUCAUUGAGUAUAUUGCUGCAGAGCUUGGGAUGCAAGACCCCAAAUCAGACUACCCUAAUAUUUGUGCUGGAACAGACCGAUAUGCCAUGUACAAAGUUGGACCUGUACUCUCUGUUAGUCAUGGAAUGGGAAUCCCAUCCAUGUCGAUCAUGUUGCAUGAGCUCAUAAAGCUCCUCUAUCAUGCACGAUGCACAGAUGUUACAAUCAUACGCAUUGGAACAUCAGGUGGUAUAGGGCUUGAACCGGGGACUGUCGUCAUUACCAAACAGUCUGUGGAUGCCACAUUCGUGGCCAAAUUUGAGCAGCUGAUCUUGGGCGAGUUAGUGGUCCGUGACACUGACCUGGACUACACCCUUGCUGAGGAACUGCUUCAGUGCAGCAAGGAGCUGGGCCAGUUCAAAACUGUGAUGGGAAACACCAUGUGCACGCUGGAUUUCUAUGAAGGUCAAGGCCGCUUAGACGGUGCAUUCUGCCUGUACACGGAGAAGGACAAGCACAAAUACUUGAAGAAAGCUAAAGAAGCAGGCGUGUGCAAUAUUGAGAUGGAGUCCACAGUUUUUGCCGCCAUGUGUAAACUAAGCGGCCUGCGAGCGGCCGUGGUUUGCACAACAUUAGUGGACCGCCUAAAGAGAGACCAGCUGAGCAGCUCCAAGGAGGUUCUCCACACCUACCAACUGAGACCUCAGAUCCUCGUGGGGUACUACAUUAAGAAACAGGUUGAAGCACUGAAAACUCUUCACCGAUGA